UCGACUACGCCGAGUACGAGCGCCUGAUGAACAUGCAGCGCUUCGAUGAUGCUCAGGGCGGCAACCUGUACGUGCGCAACGCGAUCAAGUUCGGCCUGCUCAAGCCGGACUCGGUGCUGGCCGACUGCGUCAUGGUGGGCAACAAGGGCUUCGAUCCCCUCAACUGCGCCACCUCCAUGGACGCGCUCAAGAACUACAGGGAGGCGGAGCUCAAGCACGGGCGUCUUGCUAUGCUUGCGGCUGCUGGAUGGCCCGUGUCGGAGCUUGUGCAGCCGUACCUGGCCAAGAUGCUGGGACAGCCGGACCUUCUGGCUGCGGGAGAGAAGGCCCCCUCCCUGCUCAACGGAGGUCUUGACCGCGUGAACCCGGU